UUCACAUAAAUCCCAAAUUAUGGCCGAAGAAUUUCAGGAAUCCGAAGUAAUUUUCUCCGAUCGCGACCGCUGCCGUUACCUCCACCGCGAAGACGGCGGCGGAUUCGGCGGUGAGGAUCACUUAAACUUCAACUGCCGCCGCGGAAUGGCUGCGGCGCCGCGAAGUUGUAAGUAUCAUAACCGGACGGUGCGCGAGGGCGGAUGGCAAUCGAACAAGGAAAUGGCGAGCUCACUUCCGGUAGGAAUUCCGGAUAUAAUCGGCCGGAGGAUGGUGGAGGAAGACGAUGAGAUGGAUGAAGAGGAAAUGGUUCCGCCGCACGUGGUGGCGGAGAGGCGAGUGGCUAGAAAAAUGGCGUUCUCUGUUUGUACUGGUAAUGGAAGAACAUUGAAGGGACGAGACUUGAGCCGAGUACGGAAUUCAAUACUUCGGAUGACCGGAUUCUUAGAAACGUGAUCGGAAUCGGAACUACGGCGAUCGAAUUUCCGAUAUCUUACUCGAUACGCAAGUUUGGCUUUGUGUGGAAAAAGAAAAUUGAAACCAGAAAAUCAAAUCGUGAUGAACACGAAAAGGCUUCUCCGCUCUUUCCGUCCAAUUUUUUGUUAUAAUUUUGAGGAUUUAUUUUUGGUGAAACAAUCGAUUUCAUCAAAUAAUCAAUUUUGAAUUUGAA